AUGCCUCAAUCUCCUGGUAUCGUUACCGCCACUGCAGCCUUCGCCAAGGACCGCGCUGGUCAGCGUGGCUCCGGAGGUCCUGCUCCUCGCCAGGAACGUUCUUUAGUUCCUGACGAUGUUCCUGACGUGUCAGUUGGAAUGAAUGACUAUCCUGGCGAUGGUCCUGCCUCUCCCAUACAUACCGCUUCGAGCACUCCAUUUUCGGCACGAUCCGAAGCUAACCCGGACACCGCAAACAGAUAUGAGGCCAUUCUGCUAGGUCCCGGCGAGAACAAGAUCGACGUGGAGGUCGACACUCGCCUGCCCUCUGCUUGCAUUUUCACCUUCCACAAGGAAGACCACACUCUUGGAAACAUGCUCCGCACCCGUCUCCUGAAGACUGCUCACGUCACUUUCGCCGCCUACCGAGUUCCUCACCCUCUCACUCCCAACUUCCAGCUGCGUGUUCAGACCGAUGGGGAGGUCACUCCCCGCCAGGCUGUUAUCAACGCCUCCGAGGCUCUGAUCAAGGAUCUUGGUACUCUGUCUCGUGAAUUCACCAAGGAAUAUGAGCUCCGCAAGAUGGCGAACGCCGCCAACCAGCAGCAGAAUGCCGACUAA